GGAGACGGAGUUGGAUCGACGACGUUCUUUCUGAUUUGAGAGCGCGCGUUUUUUGUGCGUGCGAGUUCGUACCUCCAUGAUUGCAUUCCGCACCUUUCGUGCCUUUCGUUCUCGCCCUGCGUGCUCGUCACGCACAUUUCUGUUGCCGGUCGGGUCGGUUCGCGAUUCAUUUUCUCGCCGUGGGUCGAAAGAUUGGUUUCCCCGGAGCUAGUCACCGACCGAUUGACUGAGUGACCGACUGACUUGCUUUGCGCUGGACGAUGAGAAGACUACUCACCGGUGGUGGGUGAGUCGUGACUCUAAUAAAUUGAAGGCGAGCAGACGACGGCUCCGGGAGGUCGUCGGUUUUUGGACGACGUUGAAAUUCGAUGAAAAUUGGUUCUCUGAAACAUCGAUCGAUGCUACCAUUCGAUCCGAGUUAUCACAUUUCUUAAGGGCCACGAUAAAUUAGUCAAAUUAACUAUUUUUCAAAUUUUAAUGGCUGCAUCGAUUUCCCCUCGAAUCUGCCCUCGGAUAGCAGAUCCCCGAGCUCCAAACGAGUUUCGGACGAGUGCUCGAGGAAUAUGGAAUCUGAUGGGGAAUGAGAGAAGCGGUGAAGCUGAAGCAACAGGCGUCGCCUCGAGGGCCGGAGGAGGAUGCGGCAUGAAAUUGCAGUCUCGGUGCGGAGCUAGAAGCAGGACGAAAAGAGAACCUGAUAGCUUGUCAGACAGCAAGAGGACAAGCGAAGGGAGGGCGAGUCCAAUGAUGGUCGCGAGGGGAGGGUCGGUCGGUCGGCCGGCCGGCCCUCCCCUUCCCGAGCGGAUCGAUCGUGGAUCGAUGGCUCGGUCGCCAUGGCAUCUUGUCUUUUGGGGACUGGUUGGUAGCUGGCCGACGUCAGUCAGUGCUCGAGGUCGAGGAGAAUCCACACUUCUCACGGAACAACAACAACAACGACGACAUCAGCAGCAGCAACGAGAACAUCGACAUCAACAGCAGCAGCAGCAGCAGCAGCAGCAGUGCUCCACGGCACUUCAAUCGUAGGGGCGACAAACCGAACGAGCUAGUGUUCGCCGAGCUCCAUCCAUCCUUCGCUGCCACGCCACCAUAGCCCUCCAUAGCCCUCCCUCCGUCUGGAGAUUCCCAACUCCCAUAGAGGUGGUGCUAGCUAUGAGCAGCAGCAGCAGCAGCGGCAGCUCGAAUUCCGAAGCUGCGAUCUCAUCCCAUCUCAUCCCAUCUGCAGCAUGCAACUGCAGACCACGGCUCCGAGACCUCGUUCUGACGUCCUAGCUCGCAGACAGAGCAUUAAAAAUUCCACUGUUUGCUUCUUUGUCCUUCCUUCCUUCCCUCCCUCUCUCUCUCCCCCUCCCCCUGCUCUGCUCGAUUGUCUGAGUGCUAGUCAAACAUCGGGUGACUUUACCAGAUGUCACCCAAUCUGUGCAGGAGGCAGUCUCAAACAAAGCACUGGCUCGAGACCCGAGGCCGGCAUCAGCAGCAGCACCACCACAGGCCCUAGGGCAGCAGCAGCAGCAGCAGCUCUUGGCUGAUCCGAUGUUCAUGUUUCUCCCGCUCGCUCACUCGCUUUUGCUUGUCGGGCUUCGCUCGAGCUUGGGCGAGCUAGCAACUGAGGGAGACCUCCAGUCCUGCUCCACUUAUAAUAGAUCCCAGCAUCUCAGGCCCCUUUAUGAGCAAUCGGACCGAGUAACUAACUGCCUUUCGGCUCCUCGAAAUUUGUAAUCCACUCGCUAAUCGGUGUGGGCGACCAUUAAAUUCCUCGUUAUCCCCUUACAGACAGACAGACAGACAGAGCGAGGAUGGAAGGGAGGGAGGGAGGCAGGGACGGAGCGCUUGAUUCUAGAGCAGGUUGUUGCUAAUGUGUCGUGUAUGGCAAAUCAUUCCAUCUCUUUGUUUGGGCACUCGGGGCUCGGGUCUCGAGAUGGGAGCUUCCCUCGGUUCGAUCUCCGGUGGAAGGAGUGAGUGAGUGAGGGAGGGACUGGAGAAGCCUUUCCGAUGUCGAGGGCUCAUUCAGCAGCAGGGGCCGAAAAGCAGAUGCCGGAGGAGAGAGAGUCAGCUUUUCAUGGCAACGAGGUCAAUCAUUUGCCUCGGCCCCAGGACGGAGGUACUGCGGAGUCAGUUGAGCUGCCGUGGAAUUGAAGUGAGUGCACUCUACAGUGCUAACUUCCUCCGGAAAGUGAGAUGCUGUUCGAGCCAGGUGCGUGCGCAACUGCUGCCUCGUUCUCGAGCCACACUUCCACUCGCGGCGUCCACCAUGCAUGCAGCAGCAGCUGUCGAUCUGUCGAUCUGUCGAUCUGGCGAUCGCAUUUUCCUUCUCGAAAAAAACUUCCCUGCGAGCAUCGCAUUGCAUCGCACCUUUGCACCGGAUCGUGGAUGAAUCGAUCGCACUUGCAGUAAAGGAAGUCCCAUGGUUGGAAUGAAUUGCUCCGUCAAAGGACGGGGACAGGAUAAUGAUGGAUCGGGCAUCGGCCAUUUUCUACAGUAUCUCUAAGCUUAAAUUAGGAUUCUGGCUGGACUCCAUAGCUACGAGUGCUCGUCGUGUCUAAGAGGGAGGAUGAAUGAAGCCUCGUGCUCGCGUAUUUGCGUGGAACGUCGUGGAGUAUGUUCAACAUAGUCUGCACCUUUAAAGCACCAGUUUGACUUUCACCGCACUAUUUCGUGCGACAUGUCAAGACGACAGGGCCCUCGACCUUAAAUCUCCCUCCUGCUCCUGCUCCUGCUCCUCCUCUUCCUCAGAGACUGCAAAUUCUCGUGAGCUGAACGAAGAAUUGCAUCCAGAGCGUUACGCACAGCACCGUGCGUAUCGGCACGAUUCUCCAUUGUAGCUCGGUGGCUUGCAACUCGUGCAGAUGGAGAACGAGCACGAGGUAGAAGAGGCCCCAAAUUUGAUUCGAUCGAUCGGCGAACAAUCUCAUGGACUGGUGCCUGCCGGCCUGCCUGAGAGUUCCAGCAUUCCACAUUUGUGGGGAGAGGCAAAGUCUUCUCGGCUGGGGAUCGGCAUUGGCAUCAGCCGAGCUACACUCACUUGCAACUCAAUCUAUCAAGGAACAGAAUGAAAUCGUUCUCAGUCGGUUUGUGUGCCAUUCAUCUCCCUGUCACCUCACACCGAAAGGGUGGACAUCACAUCGUCCCCCGGUGAAGCCAGCGAAUGCUGGCGUUGGACGGUUCUUUCUCGUGACCGUGAAUUGUAAUUAUGAUUCAGUUGCAUCUUACUCAUUCACUAGCUGUGUUCACAUCCCGAGAGGAGGCGGCCUCCAUCCCUCGGCUCGAAGCAGUUCGUCUCGUUCAUGUGCAACACUGUCCACUUUCGAUGCUGUCGUAGAUCCGGCCCAGUGCUUUGUCAGCUCCCUUUUCGAUCACUAAUCGAGGAGGAAUCUCCAUCUCUCAAGAGUGAAGCUUAUAUUCUCGGUACGUCACACACCUCGGUGGAAAUCAAACGACUUGUGUCAGGCUCGGCACACAUCACCAUGCCAGCGAGCGAAGAUUCCGAAAAUUGGCUCGAUUCCAAACGAUCCCACAGUUGCCUCGAGAGACACUUUUCACCUGCAUCCUCCUCAAUUCAACUGAACCCAAGCACUGUAAGUCCAAAUUUCCAGUUUAAUCGAUCUGAUAAACCCCAGCAACGAGAAACUUCACAAGCAAUCGGUGGAUGCUUUGCAUGUGGUACAGUGGAUCGAACUCGUUCAAGCUUCUUAUCCACGGAACCAUCGAGAGAGUCAGUGGUAAGUACGAGGCUCGAAAUUACGGGAGGUGAAUUCCCAUCGGGGAUGGAGGAAAUUGAUUAGAGCGCUGAUGGGGAUUAAGUGGGGCCUGAGUGAGUAGAAAGGGAAAAGAGCCUGACUGCCUGCCUGACUGACUGACUGGAGGACUGGCGGAGUCGCAGUCCAAACCUCCGGGAUCCAAAGAGAUUGUCGAACCCGAGGAAGGAUGCAUGGGAUUUGUGAAACC